AGUCUGGCUUGACCUUGCAUUCACGAUCCAAGACAGAUCAUUUGCGUUCGCUGUCGUAUAUUGUCGCGUUGCAUCGCAACACUUCUCACACUUCUCUUCUGAUCUAGUCUUUCAUCUCGAAAGUCUUCCUUUGGCUAGCUCAAUCUGCUGCGUCAACACCUAAGACACGUCGAUUGUGUCCAUAUUUGUGCAUCCUGGUACCUUGUCGCAAACACUUCUCACACUUCGCUUUCGAUAAAAGCUCUCCUCUGGACCGACUCUCAGUCUUCUCGCCUGCUUACAUCAUCUGACAACACCUUUCUGAGCACCUCAAACUCGGAUUAGCUUUCGUUGAAAUCAACAAGAACAUUAUGGUCGCCCUUCUCACACUUCCGACGGAGAUCCUCUGUGGCAUCGCCAACCAUGCAGACGACGAAGCUCUUCUCAACAUGCGUCUCAGCUGCAAGUCGCUUUGUGAGGCCUCCGCCAGACCUUUCGGAACCACCUACCUCACCAACCGCCACCAUGUUCCCUCCGAACACAGUAUCCAGGCCCUAGUCGACAUUGUCAUGCACCCUAUCUUUGGCUCGUACGUCAAAUCCAUUACCAUCACCGCGAUGUAUCUUCUCCCAGAAAAGAUUCACGGCGACGCAGCAUCGCAGUACCUAGCGCACUCCAACGGUUUCAGAGUACCAGGGAUUGGCAUCGACAAAGCCUUCAUCAACUCACGCGAGUACAUCCGUAUGAUGAAGCAAAUCUUCAACAAGAUUCGCAAACUUCAGAACCCAGUCCAUAUCAAGAUCUGCGAUGACACCGAGUAUGGCUUUGGUUGGACCCAGAUGGUCGACGAUCCGCCUCGUAUGUAUGACCAUUGCUACGCUGAGGUACUUGACCGCACUCUGGUUGCUGCGAUUCGAGCCGAUUGCGACGUCCGUUCUCUUGAGUUGAGCAUGCACCACUACGAUUUUGAGAGCCUCCACGACAUUCUGGAGGACCUCCUGAGCCCCACCCGUCAGUCUCUCAAGCUGACCAUCCAUUGCGACCGCAAGCAUUCUCGCAAGCUCUACAGUCCCUACACAUGCAUCUAUGAUCAGGCAGAGGGAUCUUUGGAGCUUAUCGGUUGUGAUGUGUACGAGCUUGCCAGAGCCAAGGAAGACUCCACCAUCAAGCGCACGCUGGCUUUUCUCUUGAAGCAGAAUGUCACCAAGCUCGUCUUGAUGAACUGUCAUCUCUGCUCAGCCAAGCGUUUCCGCGUGCUCCUCUCUUGGGGUAUCGGAACCCUCAAGACCGUUUGCAUGACAAGCUUCCGUCCCUGCCGUACGCCCGCCGAUGCAAGAGAGCACUGGAGUGGUAUCAUCAACGUUCUUUCGGGACAUAGUGGUCUGGAGUCUGUCGUUAUCGAGGACUUGCUCGCUCCUCGUUACUGGAGCCUCUUUCACCUGCCUCGUGACACCCAGAGGUAUGAGGUCAGUGGCCACCAUGUCGCUGAGCAGUUGAGAACCCUGGCUACCAUCAUGGCUACAGAGCCUGUGGGGUCCCAGAUCUAGGCUGAAGGCAAGGAUUUGAUCAUGAUGGACGGCACAAUAUCAAUUCAGCCCCGCCCCUUCGCUCUUUGAUUUCGCUAAUGGGGGUAACCAAAAUGCGUAGCUCAUAAUACUUGCUUUCUUCCCCUUGCCCCUUCGUUUCUAUAGCUAUCGCAAUGCACAAUGUUUUGCGAAUACAGGGUCGUGUCGAGUGAGAGCGUGAGAAGAGGCUACAUUGAAACCAAAAGAAAUGGCAUCUCAGCUCCACGGGAGACCUGAGUAAAACAGCAGUCAAAAUGCAAGAUGAUGUUUAAAGACAGCGAUUUG